UCUCAGCUGUUGCGGGCAGCGGGACUUGGGAGACUCCGGCUCCAAGACACUCAUCCAAGAGGAAGGAUGGCCAGUGCCUUCUCUAAGUUGCUCACUGGCCGCAAUGCUUCUCUGUUACUUGCUACCAUGGGCACGAGCGCCCUAACCACUGGGUACCUGCUGAACCAGCAGAACGUGUGUGCCGAGGCCCGGGAGCACCAUCGGCAGUUCCCGCCCAGUGCAGACUACCCUGAUCUGCGAAAGCACAACAACUGCAUGGCAGAGUGCCUCACCCCGGCCAUCUACGCCAAGCUCCGCAACAAGGUGACGCCCAAUGGCUAUACCCUGGACCAGUGUAUCCAGACUGGAGUGGACAACCCUGGCCACCCCUUCAUAAAGACUGUGGGCAUGGUGGCUGGUGAUGAGGAGUCCUAUGAGGUGUUUGCCGACCUUUUUGAUCCUGUCAUCAAGCUAAGGCACAAUGGCUAUGACCCCAAGGUGAUGAAGCACCCCACGGAUCUGGACGCAUCCAAGAUCACCCAGGGGCAGUUUGACGAGCGCUACGUGCUGUCCUCUCGGGUACGCACAGGCCGCAGCAUCCGCGGGCUGAGCCUGCCGCCUGCCUGCACCCGGGCUGAGCGACGGGAGGUGGAGAACGUGGCCAUCAUGGCCCUGCAGGGCCUCAAAGGGGACCUGGCAGGCCGCUACUACAAGCUGUCCGAGAUGACCGAGCAGGACCAGCAACAGCUCAUAGACGAUCACUUUCUAUUUGAUAAGCCAGUAUCCCCUUUACUAACAUGUGCUGGGAUGGCCCGUGACUGGCCAGAUGCCAGGGGAAUCUGGCAUAAUCAUGACAAGACAUUUCUCAUCUGGAUUAAUGAGGAAGACCACACCAGGGUAAUCUCUAUGGAAAAAGGAGGCAAUAUGAAAAGAGUAUUUGAGCGAUUCUGUCGUGGACUAAAAGAAGUGGAACGCUUAAUCCAAGCGCGAGGCUGGGAGUUCAUGUGGAAUGAGCGACUAGGAUACAUUCUGACCUGCCCUUCGAACCUUGGCACAGGCUUACGGGCUGGUGUCCAUGUUAGGAUCCCAAAGCUCAGCAAGGAUCCACGCUUCUCUAAGAUCCUGGAAAACCUGAGACUCCAGAAGCGUGGCACGGGUGGUGUGGACACGGCAGCAGUGGCUGAUGUGUACGAUAUUUCCAACACAGACCGAAUUGGGCGAUCAGAGGUUGAGCUUGUUCAGAUAGUCAUCGAUGGAGUCAACUACCUUGUGGAUUGUGAAAAGAAGCUGGAAAGAGGCCAAGAUAUUAAGGUCCCACCACCUCUGCCUCAGUUUAGCAGGAAGUAAACUUUUUCUUUUCCAAACUAUAAAUAAUCUGUCUGCUGGUAUGACAGACAUGAAAAAAUUUUUACUCUGAGAGUUUUUAUAGACUUGGAAAAAUGUAAAAUUGACCUAUCUUUAAAAUAAAACUCUCCUUAAUAUCC